CCCCGAGCCCUACGCGCUGACGGGCUCCCGCCGCAGGCGCUGGUGGACGACACCGAGGAUGUGUCCCUGGAUUUCGGGAGCGAGGAGGAGCUGGCGCUGCGGAAAGCGCGGAUCAGGCACCCACUGGCCACCUUUUUCCAUCUGUUUUUCCGAGUGAGUGCUAUUGUUACCUACUUGUUCUGUGACUGGUUCAGCAACAGCUUUGUUGCCUGUUUUGUCACUAUUCUCCUCCUUCUAUCCUUUGACUUUUGGUCUGUCAAGAAUGUGACAGGAAGACUCUUGGUUGGUUUGCGUUGGUGGAACCAGAUUGAUGAAGAUGGAAAAAGUCACUGGGUGUUUGAAGCAAAAAGGGUGCCUACAAUAGCUGCCUCAACUGAAGCUGAAGCCCGAAUCUUUUGGCUCGGUCUCAUCAUCUGCCCAGUGAUUUGGACAAUGUUUUUCUUUAGCACCUUGUUCUCCUUGAAGCUGAAAUGGCUGGCUCUUGUGAUUGCUGGGAUCUCCCUCCAGACUGCUAAUUUAUAUGGCUACAUCCACUGCAAGUUAGGGGGACAAAAAUCCAUCAGCAGAGUAACCUCAAGGUUGUUUGGCACAGCAGAUGUCAAGAGACAGAGCAGAAUUUCAGAAGAUGGCACUGGAGAACACGGGAAGACAGGCACUAGGUAACUAAACAAGGAAGAGCUAAAGGAUGAGCAGUAAAAAAGUAAUUCAUGGAAGCUGAUCUUCAUGGGAAGAUAUUUAGAUAAAGCUCAUCCAGAAUUAUGCCUGCAUGAAAUAAAGUCAUUUGUGUUUGAGUCUUUAGAUCCUGGAAGGUUUAAAGCCUUUGUUAUUUAAAAGCUUCACCAAAAAAUUGUUUGUGUGAGCACAGACAGUGCUUGUGGUUUACAAGGAGCACGCUGCUUUCAGAAAAGUUGUCAAUUAACCACAAACGGUUGGAUUAUCUUAACCAGAAAUUACAUGUAAUGAAGACAGUGCUAAUUUGUUUAACUUUGGAACAACAAUAAACAAAAUCCAAUUGCCUUUC